AUGUCCGCCUUCACCAAGGGACCCGCGCGGAACGUCUUCGUCUGCGUCUCUAGAGCGCAUCUUCCUCGACCGGCGACUCGAGAUUUCCUCUCGUCGCGGACCUUCCGAUCCUCCGCGUUCAGGCGAGCUGCCGCCCCUCCGCGGCGCACCACACCCGUUCAAUCCGCGGCAAAGACACCCGCCAAGAACACGAACCCAUCAACCUACGCCUUCGUCAAGCAAUUGGCCCAGAAAGGCACGCCGACGGUACUCUACGAAGCCCCUCCCAUGGCUGGAUGA